UUUUUUAUUUCAGAUACAGACAGCGACAAGUCGGAAACGAAUGUAUCUUUACGUUAACCAGCUUUACAAACUGUUUUUUCCCCCCAUAUCGGUGUUCACAUUAUGAAUUAGCUGUUUACAUCAGCGCACCCAAGUAGUCGUCUCAGGUUGUCAUCGAGCUAAAGACUGUAAGCCAACAUGAGUCCAGAAGGAAAGACCCUGCUGAACAUCAUAAUCCUGGGCUUGGGGUUCAUGGUUAUGUUUACUGCCUUCGGCACCUGUGGGAAUAUUGAACAAACCGUAAUAAAGAGUUUCAACAGUACAGAGUUUCAUGGAAGUGGCUACACAAGCAUGGCGAUUAUCUAUGCUGUAUUCUCUGCGUCUAACCUUAUAGCGCCCUCAGUGAUAGCUGUCAUUGGACCUCAGUUGUCUUUGUUUUUUAGUGGACUUGUUUACAGUGGUUAUAUUGCUGUUUUCAUUCAUCCGUACACCUCGUCAUUCUACACUUUAUCCGUGUUGCUCGGAAUCGCAGCUGCAGUGCUAUGGACGGCCCAAGGGAAUCUGCUCACCAUCAACUCCAAAGAUUCCACCAUUGGAAGAAACAGUGGAAUAUUUUGGGCAUUGAUGCAGUUUAGCUUAUUCUUUGGUAAUCUCUACAUAUAUUUUGCCUGGCGUGGCAAGAGUCACAUAACAGAUAAAGACCGCCAGACGGUUUUCAUCUCACUAACGGUCAUCAGCCUGGUGGGCAACUUCCUUUUUUUCCUGAUCCAGCGGCCAGACCCUGAACCUGCACCUACUGAUGCCUCUGAGUCACUACUACCAGCAGACAUCUCUGAUAGUAGCUCUGUGGUUCCAUCCCAGAGUCUGUGCUCUCAGGCAUUUGAGGCAUUCAAGAGAUCCAUACAGCUAGCUGUGACCAAAGAGAUGCUUUUACUGAGCGUACCCUUUGCAUACUCUGACAUCCACUUCCUCAACAUAGCCAGUGAUGCUCCCGUGGCCCCAGAGGAAGGCACACAAAUGCAGGCUUUUAUCCAACCCAGUGUGACUGUGGCGCUGAUAUGCAGUUUCCUGCUGGGUCUGGGUGAUAGUUGUUUCAACACUCAGCUCAUCAGCAUUGUGGGCUUCUUGUUCCGGGACGACAGUGCCUCAGCAUUUGCUGUCUUUAAAUUUGUACAGUCCAUCACAGCUGCGGUGGCCUUCUUCUACAGCAACUACCUUCUCCUCCACUGGCAGCUGCUCAUCAUGGUGCUGGUGGGCUUCCUGGGCACCAUUACUUUCUUUGUGGUGGAGCGGGGCGUUAUCAGCAGUCGACAGGACUCUGAUUAUGACAGUAUCUGAUAGGACUGAAGUGCCAGAACUACCGUCUCAUCUCCAGCCAUCAGCAUCAGUGUGCAGAUCUACAAACCAUCUUCAACAGCCAUUUUCUUCUUUGCUUUAGCUCUUGAGAUCCAUGACCUAGUCCAUGUAUCCAUUCUCCUUUUCAAGCGAAUCGGCUGUAUAGACUCGUUUCUUUACGUGCACUUGCGAUACGUUUACUCCUCAGAUGGGAUCAAGGAUCAAGUGCUAUAUAAUGCAAUAAAAGGUUUGUUCACAUUUUUUACUUUUCACCUAGCAUUAUACCGUGCAAUUCCAGAAACCUGUAACUAUGGUCUCAUUAUCUUUCCAACCAUGCUUAUUUUCUUGAACAUUAAAGUGCCCCUAUUAUGGGUAAUGAAAGGUUCAUAUUUUGGUUUUGGGAGUCCCCAACAA